AUGGCCACUUUCACCGAAAAUUGGGGACAAUCACUGCCUUCAUCAGGCUCUUCUUAUGACGUAUGCCAAAAUGCCUUGAACUCCAAUGUUAAUCGCACCAAUAGAAAAAUAAUAACGCACACACAGUCUCCAAUUGUAACCGGAACAUCUGUGCUGGGAAUCGUCUAUUCAGAUGGAAUUUUAUUGGCUGCCGACACUCUUGACUUACUUGGUGGCAAAUUUGAGAGCGACUCGAUUGCAACUGGCUUUGGGGCCCAUUUGGCCCAGCCAAUUCUUCGUCGCACCAUUGAGGAAAAGUCCGGCGGCGCAAAGGAGCUUUCCUUCGAAGAGGCAAAAUCGGCAAUCGACACCUGCAUGCGUGUCCUAUAUUAUCGCGAUGCUCGCUCUUUGAAUAAGGUUUGGCUGCCUUUCUCAAAUUAG